AUGUCAAUAACCUCCGAGUUUGGGACAACGGCGGUCAAGGAUAUGAACCCUCAAGAAUGCACGGGCUAUCUUCAGAGGGCUGAAUAUCGGUCGCGUGGUACGGCGGGUCGAGAUCUGGCAUCGGACACCAUGUACGAGAUGGUGGUGGAAGAUAUGCAGAGCUGA